AAUGCUAAAUUUAAAAAAUUAUACCUGGCAGCAUUGUUAGGGCGCACCGCAAAAAAGCCGACAGUAGAAUAAAAAAUUGUAAAUAAAAAUUAUAAAUGAACAUUGAAUAUUUAAAUUAUUUUCUACUUUGAUGUCCAGCAAGCGUAAAGAUCCUUGUAAGGCAAACGCAUGUAAAAUACAGGCUUGCUUGAGUGAAAAUCACUAUCAAGAGAGCAAGUGCUUGGAGGUGCUGGAACAAAUGCGUCUAUGUUGCCUAAAGUGGCAUAAAGAGUCAAAUUGUUGUUCAGGAAUAAUUUUAGAAAGAAGUUACCUCGUUGACAAAGACGAACAAAAACAGAAGUCAUAAAGGCAUAUAUAUUAAAUUUACUGUAAUAAAAGGCAUUUCUAUUUCAGUGAAUAAUGCAAAAACCUUCUAUUCCGCCCUACAAAUUGUCAGCUGAAAUACAAGAAAGAAUAAAACAGUUGCAACAACAAACCCAACAAGAGAGUGGACAACGUCGCCGUACAGCAGUGCUGCCAAAACGCACUUGGAUUCAACGUAAUCCACGACUUUUUCAAAUAACCUUUAUCACCACAUCUUUGUUGGUGUUUUUUUCAAAGCCUUUGUACGACGCCUUCAUCGCCGAUCCCGUACCGCCACCAAAAGGCGGAGCACCGCCAGGUCACAGACGUUAAGUAAACAACUAAAGAGCAGUAAAAUUCGAACAAUAUCAGCAAGUAAGAUCAACAGCUUGUGUAAUAAUUAAAGGAAUGGAAUCAGUGCGCAAAGCUAAGCAGAGACUACGCAAUUAUCCCGUGCUACUGGGCAAAUGCGCUGAUAAGGCAGCUGUUUAUGCGGCAUGUGUGACACGAGAUUUAAAUGUGCAGCAUCACAUUUGCGAUAAAGAAUACAAGCAGUUCAGUGAAUGUUUACAGAAAGCAGCAAAAGAAAUGAAAACGAAAUUGUAAAACGUAUGUACUUGUAAAUGCUGGUUUCUUAUAAAUGGAAAUUUUUCCUAUAAACUAUUGAUGCUAUUUAUUACUUUUGACACGUUGAAUGGAAAGAAAUUAAUGGGUUAGUAAAAAAAAUCGUAAUAAUUUCCAGUAAUAUUGUAUGCAAAAGCAAUAUAAUAAUAUAAACACAAAGUCAAAAUAUUAAACAAUCAAUCAAAAUAAACUGCAUAUGCUUGAACUAACCAAAUAGUUUAUAAACGCAUUACAGCUAUUUGUACAAAAUACCUAAUCUCUCUAAUCAAUUACAUACAUAUACUAUGUCCACGUCUAACGCGUCAGCGAAAAACACGCCACAACCAACUAAAACGCUACUAAGCCGUUGCGGCACACUGCUACUAGAGCUUAGCUUUCGCACACAUCUGCUUAUAUCCAUAGCAUUGCGUCUGCUGCUUAUCACCUACGGCCAUUGGCAUGACGCACACUCGCUGGUGCCUUUCACCGACAUCGACUAUAAAGUGGUCACUGACGGUGCGCGGCAUGUGCUGCAAGACGGCAGUCCUUUCAAUCGGCACACCUACCGUUAUAGUCCCAUUUUAGCAUACAUGCAACUACCCAAUGUGCUGCUACAUCCAGCCGUCGGCAAAGUGAUCUAUGCGGCAUUCGAUAUAUUUGUGGCCAUAUUGAUUUACUUGUUGGUGCGUCUGCAAUUACAAGUGCAAUGCCGCAAAGCGGUGCAUGCAUUGUUGAGUAAGUUUGGUAAAAUUAGAUCGGCGCAACAGUAUAAUGAAACCGAUGCACGUAAUCGGCCGGAGAAUAUUGCACGUGCCAGCGCUUGCUUUUGGCUCUACAAUCCACUAACGGCAAUCAUAUCGACACGCGGCAAUGGCGAUAGCUUUUCCAGUUUCUUUGUCAUUUUAACCGUUUAUUUGCUCGUCAAAUCAGAGGAUACCGCACGCGGUGCGAAUUGGUUAAUUUUCGCUGCCGGCCUAACACAUGGCUUCGCUAUACAUUUGCGCCUCUAUCCGUUGCUCUUCAGUCUCGCCUACUAUCUCUGCUUGUCGACGCGUCUAACACGCAGCGCACGCGAUCUGUUACGUCAACUUUUAUUUCCCUCAUACCGUCAGUUGUUGUUCGUUGUGGGCACGUGUAUUGCGCUCUUCGCAUUUACCGGAUUUUUCUACUCCCUCUACGGUUGGCAGUAUAUAUACGAGGCGUAUUUGUAUCAUUUCGUGCGUCGCGAUGUGCGACAUAAUUUUUCGCUUUACUUUCUCUUGCAAUAUCUAAGUGGCAAUGUGACAGAGUCGUCGCUGGUGGAGAAGCUGCUCAUAUUGGCACCGCAACUAGGCUUACUGCUCUAUCUGAGCUUCAGUUUUGGACAGUUUCGACAGACGCUCACAUUCUGUGUAUUUGCGUUGGCCUUCGUUAUGGUCACUUACAACUCGGUGGUGACGUCACAAUACUUUGUUUGGUAUUUGGCGUUGCUGCCGCUUUGCCUCAAUAAUUUGCAAGCGAUUUCGCUGUCGCGUGCAUUCAUCUACUUCGGUACAUGGUUGUUGGGGCAAGCGCUUUGGUUGUUGCCCGCAUAUCUAUUGGAAUUCAAGACGUGGAAUACAUUUUACUGGAUUGGCGCGCAAGGCGUUUUAUUCUUCUUAAUCAAUAGUUAUCUGCUAAUGCGUCUGAUUGAACACUACAGCUUUACAUCCUUUAAGGUGAACUUUAAAAAGCUCUUUUAAAUAUAAAUAUAUACAUAUUUAAUAGUCUUAAACACACACAUGAAUACUUACAUUUUGAAAACCAUAAACUAUGAAAAAAGAAUACAAGCAAUGCUUACAAAAGUAUUUUUUUUAUAAUAAAUUUCAAACUCAGUUCUCUUGUAAUAUGCGUUAAUCUAAAUCUAAUAAUAAUAUUUAUAAAAUGCAAUACAAUAAAAAUAAAAGCUUUAAUGUGAAUACAAAUCGUAAAUUAUAAACGAAGCGUUUAUUCAUUUCUAAACAGCCUUUAGCGGUGAUAUAAUAGCGCUCAAACGCCGGUCCAUACGUAAGGCCCCGACCGAUUAUGCAUAGUCUUAUCGCAAAUAGAGCAUGUGGUCAUUCAAUCGCCCUGCAAUCCAAAUGUUGCUUAAUUAUCUCUGCGCUAGGGUAAUGAGUGUUUGAGGCGUGUUCAUAUUCAGCGUGUUGACCAGCUACCAUAAGUGCUUAGUUCUUCAUAUGUAUGUAUGCACAUACAUAUGUACAUAUAUAUAUAUGUAUGCAUAU